AUGCUUUGUUGAAACCAUUUACAAUGUACCGAGGCCUAAUGGAUAUUGACGAUUAAUGAUUGACAUCACGCACAAAUUUAGAGCGAGAGGAAGAAUUGACCUUCAAUUUCCUUGUACAACAUGAGAACAGUUCUGGAAAUAGUCAUGUGCUUUCAGAGAGCCUGUAAUGACUUCUGUAACUGUUCAUCAAACAUGGCCUCGUACAUAGCCUGAAGCUCUUCCUGCUCUGACUCUCGGGUGGAAUAUAUAACUGAGCGACACAAUCAAGCCUCCUUCAUACCGCCUUGACAACAGAAUGACUUAGUCCCCCUUGACCGGCCUUUUUUCAACUGCUUGAAUGCAAAUACAUACCAAGAUCGAGUAUCUAUUUGCAUUCGGAAUGGAGGUCCAAGUUAUCGGCGACAGCAUACAUCUGUCUACGUACAGAUCCAGAAUUCCUCAAUCAGUGACCAACGGGAAGACAACACCAGCAGAGUAUGAGUCUGAUUUUUAUCAUUUGUACGGGGACACAAGUCCUGUUGUGUCCUGUGCACCCGAUAUCCAAAGUCACUAUGAGACUCUGGAUGCACCACCAAACUCGGACUUUUACGCCAACACUGAAGUUUGUGGACGACGGAAGCGCUUCAGGCCAUCGCUCUACCAGCUUUACGCCAAGCCUGAGGAUGACCCUCAACCUCCCAUGUACCAAGAGACAACACCUGAUGGCAUGGAAGGAGAGAGCUCCGAGGAUGAGGAGCAAAAGGAGCCACUGCCUGAACCGACACGAUUCGGCUGGGUUCAUGGAGUGAUGAUCCGUUGCAUGUUAAAUAUUUGGGGGGUGAUCUUGUACCUGAGGCUCCCUUGGAUUACUGCACAAGCUGGCAUAGGUCUGACCUGGGUGAUCAUCCUGCUGUCCUCGUGUAUAACCGGCAUCACUGGGCUCUCUACAUCUGCCAUCGCCACCAACGGCAAAGUGAAAGGAGGUGGGACCUACUUCCUAAUCAGUCGUAGCCUCGGUCCAGAGCUGGGUGGGUCCAUUGGUCUGAUUUUUGCCUUUGCCAAUGCUGUGGCUGUGGCCAUGCACACUGUGGGCUUCGCUGAGACUGUUGUUGACGUCAUGCACGAAAAUGGUGCUGUGAUGGUGAACCGAAUCAAUGACAUCCGCAUCAUUGGUGUCAUCACAGUCACGUGUCUAUUAGGUGUCUCAAUGGCCGGCAUGGCAUGGGAGUCAAAGGCCCAGGUUUUGUUUUUUCUGGUCAUCAUGGUGUCAUUUACCAGUUACAUUGUUGGAACCAUCAUCCCCGCAUCACCACAAAAACAGGCCAAAGGUUUCUUCAGCUAUAAAGCGGAUAUUUUUGCCAAAAACUUUGUUCCUGAUUGGCGGGGGCAGGAGGGCAGCUUCUUUGGCAUGUUUUCGAUUUUCUUUCCUUCUGCGACUGGCAUUUUGGCAGGAGCUAACAUAUCCGGAGACCUGAAGGAUCCAACAGUGGCUAUCCCCAGGGGGACACUAAUGGCUAUAUUCUGGACCACUUUGUCAUACCUCAUAAUCUCUGCUACCAUUGGGUCCUGUGUGGUCAGGGAUGCAUCUGGACUCUUAAAUGACACUUUGUUCUCCUCUUCAUCCAACAAGAAUUGUGUUGGUACAGCUUGCCAGUAUGGCUGGGACUUCACUGACUGUAUCAACAACAACACAUGCAUCUUUGGCAUUAGUAAUUACUAUCAGUCGAUGAGCAUGGUGUCAGCCUUUGCUCCACUCAUCACUGCUGGCAUAUUUGGUGCAACACUCUCUUCUGCUUUGGCCUGCCUAGUGUCUGCGCCCAAAGUGUUCCAGUGCCUAUGCAAGGACAAACUCUACCCCCUGAUUGGCUUCUUUGGCAAAGGUUAUGGCAAAAAUGACGAGGCAUUGCGAAGCUACCUCUUGGCAUUCGUAAUUGCUGUCUGCUUCAUUCUCAUUGCCGAGUUGAACACCAUAGCGCCAAUCAUCUCCAACUUCUUCCUCUGCUCUUACUGUUUGAUCAACUUCAGCUGCUUCCACGCCUCAAUCACCAACUCACCCGGUUGGCGCCCAUCCUUCAGAUUCUACAACAAAUGGCUUUCCUUGCUGUGUGCUGUGUGUUGUCUGGUUAUCAUGUUCUUGUUGACUUGGUGGGCAGCUCUCAUUGCCUUUGGUGUUGUCUUGCUCCUUUUAGGAUACACGCUGUACAAGAGGCCCGCUGUGAACUGGGGCUCAUCCGUGCAAGCCAGCUCCUACAACAUUGCACUCAAUCAAUGUAUAAGCCUUAACCAGGUGGAAGACCACGUGAAGAACUACAGACCACAGUGCUUGGUGCUGACGGGACCUCCCAGCAGCCGACCAGCUCUCGUGGAUCUUGUCAGCUGUUUCACAAAGAAUCUUAGUCUCAUGAUGUGUGGCCAUGUGGUGACUAAUGAUCUCUCUGCACUAGUGCAAAGUGAAAGUCACAUUUCCUGGUUGAAACAAAGAAAGGUGAAGUCCUUUUACAAACAUGUGGUGGCUGCAGAUCUCCGUUCAGGGGUGAACAUGCUGCUACAGGGGUCAGGUUUGGGUAGGAUGCGACCCAAUGUCCUUCUGAUGGGUUUCAAGACGGAUUGGCACAAUGCCUCACCACAGGCCGCACACAGUUACAUCGGAAUAUUGCAGGAUGCAUUUGACCUUCAGUAUGGUGUGUGCGUGUUGAGAACAAGAGAGAGACUGGAUGUCUCUCACCCAUAUCAGUCAUACGCCAAUCCAGGCUUCGAUGGAGAACUCCAAAACAUGACCACCGUACGCACUUCUGGACUUAACAACAUUACAUCAGCUGUGCCCAUUGACCCGGAAGCUCAACUGAGUCAGACUACACUGUUUCAGAAAAAACAAGGAAAGAAGACAAUUGACGUUUACUGGCUGUCUGAUGAUGGAGGUCUUACUCUGUUGCUCCCAUAUCUCCUAACUCGGAGGAAGCGCUGGGCCAAAUGUAAAGUUCGAGUGUUUGUGGGAGGAGACAAUUCCAAAAAUAACGAGCGGAGACAAGAGGUGAUGACACUAAUCAAGAAGUUCCGUCUUGGAUUUCAUGACGUGGAAGUGCUUCCUGACCUCUUUCACAAACCUCAGCCUGGAAACAUUCAUCAGUUUGAGAAUAUGAUGAGUUCCUUCAAGCUAGACACAAACCCAAAAACUGAAUCUGAUUCUGGCUCAUCAAGAGCACAGGAGGAGCCCUGGUGGAUCACGGACCAGGAUCUGGAGAGGAACAGAGCCAAGUCUUUCCGUCAGAUUCGACUCAAUGAAAUUCUGCAGGAUUACUCCCGCGAAGCCGCACUGAUUGUCAUCACCAUGCCCGUAGGGAGGAGAGGAGUGUGCCCCAGUAUCCUGUAUCUGGCAUGGCUGGAACUCCUGUCACGUGACUUAAGUUCCCCUGUCCUGUUGGUCAGAGGAAACCAAGAAAACGUCCUCACCUUCUACUGUCAAUGAAUUGCCCCCCUCCCCUUUUUGGGUGCGUAUGUAAUCAACAGAAAGAGUAUUCUUUCUGGCAAAUCGACACCGUAAUUAAAAAGCUCAUUUAAUAAUGUUAUUCUGUCAUCAAAACUGAAUCGCAAUGUCAAAUUUAAUGAUUAUAAAUGACAAACUCAUAUAAUGUGCAGUGAAUCACAGUGAACAAUAACCAUGAUAUGCAUCAUUUGCUAACAUGUUCAGUCACGAUUAGUCUCAAUAAUGUUUGUAUUCACAACUUUUGGAUUUCGUGACUUCUACACCAAGUAACACAGUGAAAACCUGAUGCCUGAGUUCAACUCAAAUUGUUUGUGGAAAUCAGUGGCAAGGAUUCAUUUCAGUUCAACACAUUACC